CUGGCCAACAUUACCCAGCACACUAGAAGCCGGUGGUCACGCAGUCUUUGUGAAUUUUGAGUUUCUUUCUGUCAGUUUUGGGUCAAAACAGUGAACAUGUCCAGCAGUUCCAGUUCCCCGAGUAGCCCAGAGGAACCAGCGGACGACGAGUACCAGCCGCCAGGUGCAGCGCCCUUCAAGCUGAAGUCUCCACCACGUGGGAAGGGAGCUGAAGCCAAAGAAGACAAGGACUAUGAAGCCAAAGUGGUUGAAGACCGUUCCCACAGGUUUCAGUACCUGCUGCAGCAGACUGAACUCUUUACUCACUUCAUGGCGUCGGGAACCAAAGCUCCCACCAGCCCGCUCAAGAUGAAGGGUCGUCCCAGGAUCAAGCCUGACGAGAGAUCCAAACUCCUGGCAUCUGGGUCGUCUGGUCAACCCCCCAUAACACCAGGGUCAGCCGCAGAUCACCGACACAGGCGUACAGAACAAGAAGAGGACGAAGAGUUGCUUUCAGAAAGCAGGAAGGCGACAACUGUCGUCACACGGUUUGAGGACUCACCCUCAUAUGUGAAGAAUGGAGAAAUGCGAGACUACCAGGUCCGGGGGCUCAACUGGAUGAUCAACUUGUAUGAAAACGGAAUCAACGGAAUCCUGGCAGAUGAAAUGGGUCUAGGCAAGACUCUCCAGACCAUUUCUCUGCUGGGCUACAUGAAGCACUACAGGAGCAUCCCAGGGCCCCAUCUGGUCAUCGUGCCCAAGUCCACCCUGGCCAACUGGAUGAACGAGUUUGAACACUGGUGUCCAUCCAUCCGUACGGUCAGCCUCAUCGGUGACCAGGAGAAAAGGUCCGCCAUUAUUCGCGACCAGAUCAUGCCGGGGGAGUGGGACGUCUGUAUCACGUCCUACGAGAUGGCUCUCCGCGAAAAGGCCGUCUUCAAAAAGUUCAACUGGCGCUACCUGGUCAUCGACGAAGCACACAGGAUCAAGAACGAAAAAUCCAAGCUGUCGGAGAUUGUCCGAACGUUCAAGACGACCAAUCGGCUGCUGCUGACCGGCACGCCCCUGCAGAACAACCUGCACGAGCUGUGGUCACUUCUCAACUUCCUCCUCCCCGAUGUCUUCAACUCCUCCGAGGACUUUGAUGCCUGGUUUGACACCAACGCUUGUCUGGACAAGGAUGACAUGGUGGCACGUCUGCACACGGUUUUGCGACCAUUCCUCCUCCGACGUCUCAAGUCAGAUGUGGAGGCCAGCCUCAAGCCUAAAAAGGAGACAAAAAUCUACGUGGGGCUCGCCAGAAUGCAAAGAGAAUGGUACACCAAGAUUCUGAUGAAGGACAUUGACGUGGUGAACGGCGCGGGAAAGUCGGACAAGAUGCGUCUGCUGAACAUCCUGAUGCAGCUGCGCAAGUGUGCCAACCACCCGUACCUGUUUGACGGAGCUGAGCCCGGUCCCCCCUACACCACCGACACACACCUGGUCCAGAACUCCGGCAAGAUGUGCAUCCUGGACAAGCUGUUACCUCGCUUACAGGCAGAGGGCUCGCGUGUGCUGAUCUUCAGCCAGAUGACACGAAUGUUGGACAUCCUGGAGGACUACUGCAUCUGGAAGGGCUGGAGCUACUGUCGCCUGGACGGACAGACUCCACACGAGGAGAGACAGGCACAAAUCAACGACUACAACCGUCCGGGCAGCGACAAGUUCAUCUUCAUGCUGAGCACGCGUGCGGGCGGACUGGGCAUCAACCUGGCCACGGCAGACGUGGUGCUGCUGUACGACAGCGACUGGAACCCACAGGUCGACCUACAGGCCAUGGACCGAGCCCAUCGUAUUGGUCAGAAGAAACAGGUCCGCGUGUUCCGUAUGAUCGCAGACAACACAGUGGAGGACCGCAUCGUGGAACGGGCAGAAACCAAGCUGAAACUGGACACGAUCGUCAUCCAACAAGGCCGGCUAGCGGACGCUCAGGUGAAGUUGGGGAAGGACGAGAUGUUACAGAUGAUCCGUCACGGCGCCGAUCACGUCUUCGCUUCCAAGGAAGGCGAGGUGACGGACGCUGACAUAGACGCCAUCAUGGCCGAGGGCGAGAAACGGACAGAAGAACUGCGUAAGAAGCUGGAGGGCCUAGGGGAGAGUGCCCUACGCAACUUCACCCUGGACGCUCCCAUGCCCAGCAUCUACAACUUUGAAGGGGAAAACUACAAGGAAAAGCAGUUCCAAGGCAUCACCCACUGGAUCGAGCCGCCCAAGCGAGAACGUAAGGCUAACUACGCGGUGGACGCAUAUUUCCGGGAGGCCCUGAGAGUCAGCGAACCUAAGGCCCCCAAGGCACCCCGCCCACCCAAACAGCCCAACAUCCAGGACUUCCAGUUCUACCCCCCACGUCUGUUUGAACUGCUGGAGAAGGAGAUCUACGCCUACAGGAAGAGCAUUGGAUACAAGGUUCCGCGGAACAUCGACCUGUCCCCUGCCGAGGCCAAACGACAGCAGGAGGAGGAGCAGAAGAAGAUAGACGAGGGAGAGCCUCUGUCUGAUGAUGAGAUAGAGGAGAAGGAGAAGCUGCUUCAACAGGGUUUCACCAACUGGUCCAAGCGAGACUUUAACCAGUUCAUCAAGGCCAAUGAGAAGUGGGGUCGUGACGACAUCGAGAACAUCUCUAAGGAGGUGGAGGGGAAGACUCCUGAAGAGGUUAUUGAAUACUCUGCUGUGUUCUGGGAGCGCUGCAAUGAGCUACAGGACAUCGAGCGCAUCAUGGCGCAGAUCGAGCGAGGAGAGGCCAAGAUCCAGCGCAGGAUCAGCAUCAAGAAGGCCCUGGAUGCCAAGAUGGCGCGUUACAAGGCCCCGUUCCACCAGCUGCGGAUCGCGUACGGUACCAACAAAGGGAAGAACUACACGGAGGAGGAGGACCGCUUCCUGGUGUGCAUGCUGCACAAGCUGGGCUUCGACAAGGAGAACGUGUACGAGGAGCUGCGCUACGCCUGCAGACAGGCUCCGCAGUUCCGCUUCGACUGGUUCCUCAAGUCAAGAACUGCCAUGGAGCUCCAGAGAAGAUGUAACACCCUCAUCACCCUGAUCGAGCGAGAGAACGCCGAGCUGGAGGAGAAGGAACGACAGGAGAAGAGGAAGAGGGGACCACGAGCGGGAACACCCAAGGGUACACAAAAACGCAAGGCAGACGGCACCCCGGAUGGGCGCGGUCGACCCAAGAAGAAAAAGGCUUAAGUCCAGGGCUGUAGACACUGAAGAAUACCUUCAAACUACUCCAGAUAAUUUUACUUUAAGUUUGUGAACAGUGUAGAUGUUUCACUUUUUAAGGUUGUAGGAAUAAGAAAAAAAAAUGCUUCUGAAAAGAGUCAGUCAGUCAGUCCUAAAGUUUUACCAGUCUGAACAUUACAAAAGGUGAAAAUGGGUCCAAUUUUACGUUGUAUGAAAAUCCAGUCCUUAAGAAAGUGUAACAGUGCCAUUUGUGUAGUAUAAGGAUGGUAUAGAUUGCCAGGAACUUACACAAGUCAACAUGAUGAUGGUAUUUAUUCCCAGACUUGUUCCUUGUUUGUUCACUCUUGUAUCCUUGUGAGGACGCAUCAUUCAAUCAACUUCUUCAAACUCCGAAAACACCCAAACCACAACUUCUGACAAAGCAGACCCACAGGGGGACUGCGUCAGCCUUGUUCUAGGUUUCAAAUUAAACACGAAAUGUUUUAAGUCAUGGCUGAUUUGAGUCUGAGUUUUGAAGUGGUUGAGAGCAGGAGACCCUGCGAAGGAAAAGGCCAUCUGAAGCUCAGAGAUAAAGCAGAUUUGUGGACUUUGGUGUUUGUUAUGUACAAUAAACUGUGCUGUGUAAGA